AUGUUUCGCCGACGUGUGGUGCAGCAGCUGAGCAGCGCCAUGGCAAGCCUGCGCCUCCUGACCGUCACGCCUAUCCCGAUGCCAGCCCUCUCCCCCACGAUGGAGAAGGGAAAGAUCACGGAGUGGGCCAAGAAGGUCGGCGAUCCCAUCGCCUCCGGCGACACGUGGUGCAAAGUGGAGACGGACAAGGCCGUCGUGUCGUACGACAACGUGUCGGAGGAGGGCUUCUUGGCCCGCAUCCUCGUGCAGAGCGGCGAGGAGGCCGCCGUCGGGGACACCGUCUGCCUCCUAGUUGACGAGGCAGACGGCGUCAACUCGGAGGAGGUGAAGAGCUGGAAGGCGGCCGGCGCUGCCCCGGCCGAGGCGCAGGCGGAAGCCGCACCCGCCGCACCCGCCGCGCCCGCUGCACCCGCCGCCCCAGUUGCGGCCAGCGGCGGCCGCGUCAAGGCGUCCCCGCUGGCCCGUAAGACGGCCCGCGAGCUCAACGUGUCGCUGGAGGGCCUCACAGGCACCGGCGGCGGCGUGGGCCGCAUUGUCAAGAAGGACGUGGAGGCGGCGGCGGCUAGCGGCGCGGGGAAGACGGUGGCCGCGGCAGCCCCAGCGGCCCCGGCUACGAGGCCAACGCCGGCACCGGCCGUCGCGGCGGCAGCAGCACCGGCGGCGGCGAAGCCCACCCCGCCAGUCAACGAGAACUACACGGAUAUUCCCGUGUCCAGCAUGCGUGCGACGAUCGCGCGGCGGCUGACGCAGUCGAAGAACGUGGAUAUUCCGCACUACUACCUCUUUGAGGAGUGCUGCACCGACAACAUGCUGGCGCUCAUCCGGCAGCUCAACGCCAAGGGGGAUGGCAAGUUCAAAAUUACCGUGAACGACUACAUCAUCAAGGCGGUGGCGCGGGCGAACUUGCUGGUGCCGGAGGCGAACUCGUCAUGGCAGGGAAGCGUGAUCCGCCAGUACAACACGGUGGACGUGAGCGUGGCGGUGGCCACCCCGGCAGGCCUCAUCACGCCCAUCAUCAGGAAUGCGCACGCGCGGGGGCUGGCGGACAUCUCCGCCGAAAUGAAGGUCCUGGCCAAGAAGGCGCGUGAGGGCACGCUGCAGCCGCACGAGUUCAUCGGCGGCACCGUCUCCGUCUCCAACCUGGGCGCCUCCGGCAUCCCCGGCUUCUCGGCCAUCAUCAACCCGCCCCAGUCCCUCAUCCUCGCCGUCGGCUCCGCAAAGCCGCGGGCGAAGUUCACGCUGAACGAGGAGACCGGCAAGUACGAGGUAGCCGCUGAGGCGGAGAUGGCCGUCAAGUUCACGGCAUCCUUCGACCACCGCGUGGUCGACGGCGCGGUUGGCGCGCAGUGGUGCGUGCACUUUAAGGACGCCAUCGAGAACCCGCUCUCGCUCCUGCUCUAA